ACAUGACACAAAGUCAAAGGUGAAAGGUCGUGGCUAGACAUUAACUUCCGGUUAAGUUACGUGUGCUUAGAGUCAGCUGUGAGCGUCGCGCUUCUGAGAUUUAUAAUUACGGGGAAAAGUCAUGGUUCUCCUUGAGAAUGACUCGUUCCUGACCGAACUGACGCGGCUCUUUCAGAAAUGCCGGACCAGUGGGAGCGUUUACAUCACAUUAAAGAAGUAUGACGGCAGGACAAAACCAGUCCCCAGGAAAGGAAACCCAGACACUUUUGAACCAUCUGAUAACAAGUGUCUCCUCCGGGCAACAGACGGCAAGAGGAAAAUCAGCACAGUGGUCAGCAGUAAAGAAGUUAUAAAGUUCCAGAUGGCCUACUCUAACCUACUGAGGGCGCACAUGGACGGUCUGAAGAAGAAGGACAAAAAGAGCAAAAGCAAGAAGACCAAAGCCACCCAGUGACCAGCGGAAGGUGCCGGAAAACCCCACCCACACAAACCGAGUCCCCCCCCCCCCACCCUUUACAUCAGCCCAACCUUAAUUACAGCUGCCAGCUCCCGCCUGGAAAAUGAGCCCAACCCGCGCAGAACAGCAGCGUGACAGAAUGGCGACUUUGGGUUCUGGGGAAGCCCGUGGGGCCUGACAGCAGGCUGGGGGUGCUGCCCAGUCCCAGCGCUUUGUCGAAGGCCUGCAGCUUGGCCGUUAAGGUAAAGGGGAACUUGACCUGCAGAAAGUACAGCCUGGUGUAGGGAGAAGGGGGGGGGUCCCUCCCAAAAAUCAGAGCAAUAUCGGUGGGUUUAAACUGCUUUCAAACUUGUAUUUCAUGAAAAGCAUUUCUGUUUUUGAUCGUUGCAUCAGUCACCUGUCAUCGCAAGCCUCAUUUUCUUUUGGUACUAUCCUCUGAUUGGUUCUUGGCACGUGUUCGUACAAGAUGAAAUGUUCUCAGGAUGUGUUCAGAAUGGCCCAUGUCAAAAUGGCCAGAACGUGAAAGAAUUUGAGUUCUUGUUGGCAAUUGUCAGUAUUUUCUGCGUGUGACAAUACCGGAUGUUUAAAUUUUUUAGAUCAUUGCGUUAAGUCUUCAUGUAAAUUGAAGAAAGAAAAAACACUGAAUUUUGGGAAAAAUAAAGCUUCCAGUCAAUGAAAUACUGGAUUAAUUUCCCCACGGUCCUUUGUUUUGGUUGUUUUUUUUUUUUGUUUUUUUUGGCACCCCUGAUCAAAUAAAUUCAUGAAGGAGCUGG